AUGCAAGGCCCUCAACUCAAUCUUGACUGGAAAUCGAAUCGAUGGGCCAUUCUAUACUGCCUAGUCGCCGCUAUCGGGGCCCUUUGCUACGGAUAUGACACAAUCUACUACACUGGCAUUCAAGGCAUGCCCUGGUUUAUACAGGACUACGGAGAGCAAGGAGCAGAUGGCACAUACGCGCUAGGGACCACCUUCCUGUCCGUGUCGGCCAGUAUUAUCUACGUCGGAGAACUCUGCGGUGCCCUGGCGGCCGCUCCUAUCAAUGACGCCCUGGGACGACGUGUUGUGUUCCUCUCAGCCUCCAUCUGUAUCAUCGUUGGCGCCAUUGUACAAGUAUGCUCCUUCGGCUCGGGCGCCGUCUUCUAUGUCAGCCGAGUGCUAAUCGGUCUGGGCAUCGGGCAAUUCACCGCAACCUGCCUGAUGUACAUCGGAGAGGUCGCGCCGCCUGCGAUCCGCGGUCCGGCUGUUAUGUCUUUCCAAUUCAUGCAGUCCAUCUCUCAGCUGGUUGGAGCGUGCGUCAACCAAGGCACAAAAGACAUCCAAAGUGCCCAGUCCUACGAGAUCCCCAUGUGCUUGCUGGUGGUCCUCCCAGGUAUCAUGCUCCUGUGUCUUCCGUUCACCCCCGAAAGCCCCGUCUGGUACAUGUACAAAGGAAAGCGGGAGAAAGCCAUCAAGGCCCUCCGCAAGAUCAACCGCAGUGCUCGCGACUACGACCCGUUAGUGGACGUCCAAACCAUCGAAGACCAAGUCCGCGUGGAGCGCGAAAUGGCCAAGGACGCCACCUGGCUCUCCCUCGUCACGGACCCCAUCGAGCGCCGCAAGCUGUUCUACGCCUGCGGCGCCAUGUUCGUGCAGCAGAUCAACGGCAUCCAGUUCUGGUAUACCUACGGCGUCGUCUUCGCGCAGUCCAUCGGCGUUGCCGACCCCUUCACCAUCAACACCAUUAUCUACGUCGUCCAGAUAAUCACCGUUGCUGUCGCCGUUGUCUUCGGGAAUAGAAUAAACCGCCGCAAUUGUCUUCUAGUUUGCUCUGUCAUCAUCUUCGCCUCCCUCAUCGCUGUCGGUGGCCUCGGCACUACUCGCGACGCGGACGGCUCCUUCGGCUACGGCGUCAGCAUCGGCAUCAUCGUCCUAGCGUAUGUCAAUAUCAUCGCUGUCAACUUCUCCAUCAGCACCGUGUCAUACUCGAUUGUGUCGGAGAUGGCUGUCGGCAGGAACAGAAACAAGAUCACAUCUUGCGCUAUCAGCGUUUUCUUCAUCACUGUCUGGCUCAUGGUCUUUACGAGUCCGUAUAUGUACUACACGGCGAACCUGGGCCCGAUGAUCGGGUUUGUCUACUGCGGCACGACUCUCUUUCUGUUGGCGUACUCGUGGUUCUGCGUGGGAGAGACUACGGGGCGUAGUGUAUCUGAUAUUGAGCGCCUCUUCCAGGACCGCGUCCCUGUUGGGGAGUGGGCGACGUAUGUAAUUCCUGGCAAGUAUGAUGUCUCGGUGGACAAGGAUGAGGGUAAAGAUGAGUGCAAUGAGCAGCAGAUUGAAAUGGCGUGA